AUGCCGAACGAGGGCGAACGGCCAACCACCGCCGACAAGGGCAAGGGCAAGGUUGAGGAUGUCCGCGAGUUAAACGGCAAGAAGCCCCAAAAGGAUGAGAAGGCUCCUGCUGAGGGAAAGAAGAAGGAUGAGGAGCCACAGGAAGAGGAGCUCAGUGAGGAGGACCAAGAGUUGAAAAAUGAGCUUGAGAUGCUUGUUGAACGGUUAAAGGAGCCAGACACCACCCUCUACGGUCCUGCCUUGGAUGCCAUCAAGAACUUCAUCAAGACUUCAACGUCUUCUAUGACUGCUGUUCCGAAGCCCCUUAAAUUCCUCCGACCGCAUUACGAUGAACUUGCAGAGCUGUACGAGAAGUGGACAGCGGGCCCUGUCAAGGACUCCUUCGCUGACAUGCUUUCCGUGCUCGGCAUGACCUAUGGAGACGAGGAGAAGCUGGAGACAAUCAAGUACCGCUUGUUGGCCAAGUCCGAGGAUCUUGGUUCCUGGGGCCACGAAUAUGUCAGACACUUGGCGCUUGAGAUUGGACAAGAAUAUCAGAACAGACUGAACGCAGAGAAGGAGACUCAAGAUCUGGUGGACCUUGCGCUGUCCCUGGUUCCUUAUUUCCUGGGUCACAAUGCCGAGGCCGAUGCCGUCGAUCUUAUGAGCGAAUUGGAGAUCAUCGAGGACAUCCCGCAAUUUGUGGAUGAAAAUACCUAUGCUCGAGUCUGCUUGUACAUGGUUAGCAUGGUCAAUCUGCUCACCUACCCCGAAGACCAGCAGUUCCUUCGCACAGCUCACGAUAUUUACGUUCGCUACAACAAGCUUUCCCAGGCGAUUGUGCUUGCUAUCAGAUUGAACGACACUGAUCUCAUCAAGAGCGACAUCAACGCCACGACCGACAGGGCACUCAAGAAACAAAUGGCAUUCCUGGUUGCGCGACAACAAAUUUGGCUCGAUCUUGAGGAGGAUCAUGAGGACGCUGAAUCCCUAGCGGAUUGUCUGAACAAUACUUCUAUCCCGAACCACUUCAAAUCUCUAGGAAAAGAACUUAACAUUUUGGACCCGAAGAUGCCCGAGGAUAUCUACAAGACACACCUGGAGAGCAGCCGAGGAGCUGGUCUCACCAACUUGGACUCAGCACGACACAACCUGGCCAGCGCUUUCGUUAACUCUUUCGUGAACGCCGGCUUCGGAAAUGAUAAGAUGAUGCUCGUUGAUGGCGAGAAGGGCGCGUGGGUGUGGAAGACUAAAGAUGACGGCCAGCUUUCCACAACAGCCUCUUUGGGUAUGCUUAUGCAUCGGGAUGUUGAAGAGGGUUUGAACAAGAUCGACAGAUUCACCUACGUUGAAGAGGAUCAGGUCAAAGCUGGUGCUCUUCUCGCACUUGGAAUCUUGAAUUCCGGAGUACGCUUCGAGUCCGAUCCUGCUCUUGCUCUGUUGAGUGACCCUGAUAACUUGGAGGCGAAGAAUGUGCCCAUGCGGGUCGCAUCGAUUAUGGGUCUUGGUCUGGCAUAUGCUGGUUCCAACAAGGAAGAACUCCUAGAUGUUUUGCUUCCAAUUGUGGAGGACACCUCGCUGGAUAUGCAGCUGUCCGCCAUGGCAGCAGUCUCACUUGGUCUCAUUUUCGUGGGUUCGUCAAAUCACCAGGUGAGCGAGGUGAUUGCCGCAACUUUGAUGGAUGAGGAGCGUCAGAAGCAAUUGAAGGAUAAGUGGACACGCUUUAUGGCCCUUGGUCUGGCUCUGCUUUACUUCGGUCGGCAGGAGGAAGUCGAUGUCGUUCUUGACAUUCUUAAGGCUAUUGAUCACCCAAUGGCAAAGCCUACCUCGGUUCUUGCAUCAGUCUGUGCCUGGGCUGGCACAGGAACUGUGCUCAAGUUGCAAGAACUUCUCCACAUUUGCAAUGACAUAAUCGAGGAAAAGGAGGAGAACAAGGGUGAUGAGCUUGUUCAGUCAUACGCUGUUCUGGGUCUGUCACUUAUCGCCAUGGGUGAGGAUGUUGGCCAGGAUAUGAUUCUUCGCCAGUUCGGCCAUCUCAUGCACUACGGCUCCAGCAACAUCCGCCGGGUCGUGCCUCUCGCCAUGGGUCUUAUUAGUCCCAGCAACCCUCAGAUGAAGAUUUACGACACCCUGUCUCGGUACAGUCACGAUAACGACAACGAAGUCGCCAUCAACGCCAUCUUCGCUAUGGGUCUGUGUGGUGCUGGCACCAACAAUGCUCGUCUGGCACAGCUCCUGCGGCAGUUGGCUAGCUACUACCACCGCGACCAGAACUCUCUGUUCAUGGUACGCAUCGCUCAGGGUCUCCUUCACAUGGGUAAGGGAACAAUGACUCUCAACCCCUUCCACACCGACCGACAGGUUCUUUCUCGCGUCUCCGCUGCCGGUCUUCUCACAGUGCUUGUGUCUUUGAUUGACGCCAAGCAAUUUAUCCUCGCGGAACACCACUAUUUGCUCUACUUCCUUAUCACCUCCAUGUUCCCGCGCUACCUCGUCACUCUCGAUGAAGACCUGCAACCGCUCACAGUCAACGUCCGUGUUGGUCAGGCCGUGGAUGUCGUUGGUCAGGCCGGUCGACCAAAGACCAUCACUGGAUGGCAAACCCAGAGCACUCCCGUGCUACUGUCCUACGGCGAGAGAGCCGAGCUUGAGGAUGAGCAGUACAUUCCUCUUAGCAGCACACUCGAGGGCUUGGUUAUUCUGCGGAAGAACCCCGAUUGGGAAAGCCCCGAAUAG